AUGGCGUCGGCGAUUCUGCGAUCUGGUCUUCUUCGAAACGUUCUUCGCGGCGGCUCAAAGACCUCCGCUCCAGCCAAACGGCAAUUCUCUUCUUCCGCUCAUCACGAUGUUGAAUUUGAGGCCAAAGAAGCAUCAAAAUGGGAGAAGAUAACUUACCUUGGAGCUGCGUCUUGCACUGCCUUAGCCGUUUACUGUUUGUCAAAGGGCCAUCAUCACUUUGACGAGCCUCCGGCAUACCCCUACUUGCAUAUCCGCAACAAGGAGUUCCCAUGGGGACCGGAUGGCCUUUUUGAGGUGAAAGAGCACCACUGA